GUCUUCGCUUGUAGUUCAUAUAUCAUUUAUUGUGUCUUCAGUAUGUUCUGCGUGGGAGCGCUCUAUUCGCGCAAAUCACUUGAUGUGUUAUUCUUAACGCUGAUCUACGCGAUGCCAUUCCUGCACUACUCGGUACACAUCAUGCCAAUCAUAAAAAUAAGUAGUGACGUUCAGCACGAGGGCAAACGGAUAGCUGUCCUGGUUCAUAAGGCCAUAAAUCAAUCACCCCUUUCGGUCAGCUCCAUCAACCGGCUCAUGGUGUUCUCCCGGCAGCUCCAGCAGCAGACACCAGCCGUUUCCAGUGGGAUGUUUUCUUUCGAUUGGACAUUGUGCUUUUCGAUGCUUUCGACGGUGGCCACCUACACGAUGAUAUUGGUACAGUUCGAGCUGGAAGUGCCAAAGUUUUUCCUCGAUGCGCUGGUGAGAUCCACAAUGGAACGGGACGCGGCUCUGAAUGCGACUCGGUGGCUCAGACCAGCGGAAAACGAUAGUUCAGCUCUCGACAUGUAUUCUUAAGAAUCAAUAAAGAUGUUAUGGACGUCGAAAUAAAAUUCGAUUAUGAGAAAAGUUUGUUUACGAUUGAACACAGGGUGAG